UAAGUAAUUUUAAAUUCUUUUUUCAGGUCAAAUAUCCAUAUGUGAUACGUGUUCGCAUGGCUUCCAUAUCAGCUGUCACAAUCGACCACUAUCUCAAACUCCAAAGCAGUGUCCUAAGUGUAUGAUCAAAGAGAUAAGGACUGUUGGAGCGUUGAACGUACCGUCUGGAAUGACUGUUUCCUACAUUAAUACUCCAGAGUAUGCAGAAAAAUUGAAUGAAAAGAAGCAGCUAGAAGAGAAGAGACAAACUUUGGCCGCGGAACUGACGCAGCUCCAGAAUCGCCAUUCACAGCUGACGAUCUCAUUGAGAGAUCAAAAGAACCAGCAAGAUGAACUUCUGAUGACUCAACAAUCCACCGAGGAGAAAAUCAAGCUAAUCUUGAACUUUAUAAAUAAAAUGAAAGAACCACCUGUUGUCGAAGAAAAUAAAGAAAAUGAAGACGAUGCUGGACCAGCUGUUCCAGCUAGUGAAUGUGAUAGCUCUAGCAGCUCAUGAUUUUAACGUGUUAAUGUUCGUAAAAGCGUUUAUUAUUCUGUCAGAUGUCAUGUUGUUGUUGAGACUGAUAGAUUGUAUAUUUUUCUUUUGAGAAUUUUUGUAUUACAUUUUGUAUGGAAAUUGA